UGGAUGUCCAGCGUACAGAAGAUUUUCCUCUCCGCGAUAGUAGAUCUACAAUAUCAUCGAUGGUCGGCUGUGUGGCCUCUCCGUGACCAGCCUCAUGCCCGACUCUCCACCAGAUGGAUGGCUCCUCAGAUCUGAAGGCGCCUGUCUGCCAAUUACUGCUCUUCAAUGUGUUCAGGUGAAGGGACAACUGCUUGUGAUAUCCGGCCAAGGGCCCCAUCUACAUAUUUAUGACCAAUAUGGUCGCUGUGCUCUCUCCCGGCAUGUAUUCGACGUGCAGCCGAUUCAUGGGAUCCAAGCGGCCCUUGACCCUGCCGUUCUUUCAGGGACGAAUGCUGUCCCGCUUGUCCUCUGGGGUGGCUCCGUCGUGAAGUUUGGGCAAUUGACUGUCGUGGACGAUGAAGACAGUAUUGGGAAUCUCCGGGUCAAUUUCGUGAUACUGCGUGAACUUACUUCACCAGACUGGAUCUUGGAUGCAGCAUUGCUGCCGUCGGGCACCUUUCUUCUGACGGCGCACAAUGUCCUUCUACAAAUCAAUGCCCCGGUGGAAUUCAAAGGUCAUGCAUCAUACACAGAAACGACCGCCGUCAUCAAGGGACCCGGUUCCUUUUUAUAUUCUGGAGACCUCUGUGUUGCAAGCCCUAAUCUUAUCAUAGUUGGAUCCGGCACUGUUUUUGGAGAAAUCUUGGUUUGGACUUGUUCCCGGGAAAGCGAAAGUCAUCAGUGGACGACAUCUGUUAGGCACGUCUUCCACGGGCAUAGGGGUUCCGUCUUUGGCGUGGCUGUCUCUGAGCGUCUGACUCUCAAUGGAUCCAGUACGCGGCUGCUCGCAAGUUGCAGCGAUGACCGCACCAUCAGGCUAUGGGAUAUAAGCGACUGUGACGAACCUGCCCAUGAUAACUCAUCGAAUGUCCCCCUACUCGAGACUGGCUUCGGUACAGCCUCACAGACCGAAGAUUGUCAACUAGCAUCUGCAUGGGGUCAUCAAUCCCGCGUCUGGGGUCUGGAGUUCAUGCCAGGGCAGACGUACGGGGACAGUUCACGCGUCCUUCUAUCCUCACAAGGCGAGGAUGCUGUAUACAAACUAUGGAGCUACAGUCCUUCCUCAACGCCCAUCGCAACCGAACAGGAUGGUGAUGUUCUCCAGUCCAUUUAUCAGGAUCGACAUCAUAGCGGCAAGAAUAUCUGGUCAAUGUCGCAGCUGAAACUGGGAGAGCGCUUGAUCGUCUGCACGGGUGGCGCCGAUGGUCAGGUUGUGUUGCGACGUCUUCCAAUUCAUGAUGGCCUGAUCAUGUCUCCUGCCUUGCUCUCCAGGAGUUUCAAAGAGGUCACGGGCUCUGCCCAAGGUCUGAAGCAAUACCUCCUGCUAAACCAGAGUGAUUGCCUCGCGACAACUGAUUCGGGUGAUCUAUACCAGCUAAGCACACACGCAGGGGAACUCAAGCACCAUAGAAUCUACGAGAGUGCCACGAAGGGCAGUCUUGUGGUCUGCCAUGCUGAUGUCCCCGGCAUUACGUUCUUUGCACAACAGAGGGGCCCACUUCUGGUCUGGCGUACGGGAGCGAACGCAGCCAUCCAAACUCCAUUCGUCGAACAAUCGGGCAUAUCUUGGAUGCAGGUUGCGUCGCAGCCUCCAGCAGAUACUCAAUUAGGCAUGAUCUGUCUCGUGGCAAUGCUUACGGACGGAAGAGAAGUUGUCCUCUGGCUCACUCCGAGUGAGGCGUCAUUUCAGGUCAAGAAGACCAUGCUUGAUGUGCCGAGCACUUUCACAAUCACAGCAUGUUGUUAUGAUUCUGCUACAAAAACCCUCAUUCUAGGAUCCCGCGCUGGCGCGUUAGCACUCUAUGGCUCCUUUUCGUCGAGUUCAGAGACAUCCGGCGAAGCUCUGUGUGUUCGACAUGUCCAUGGGACGGACUCGGUGACCUCAGUGGCCAUUCUCGACACAGUACAGAACGGCCAUUCAGUGACAAUGCACAUUCUCACCACAGGGCGUGACGGGAAGUACACCAUUCAACGUGCUAUUUGGCCACAACCUCCCACGGGCAGCAUGUAUCCCACAAUCCACGCAGUUCAUAUCUCUUCGCCGCCAUUCGGUCCCUACAUCGAAGGCGCAUACUUCACUCUCCCGGCAUGUUCUACUCCGACUAAUACUCCAAAUCUCAUACUUUACGGCUUCCGUUCGACGUCUUUUGUUGUCUGGAAUGAGACUCAACAAUCCAUGUUGCUAUCCGUUGAAUGUGGUGGCGCUCAUCGCUCCUGGUCAUACAAAGAUUCGAGUGUUGCCAGCAGUGAGGGUUCCCAUCCUGGCGAACUGGAUGUCUGCACAAGAUCUUUCGUGUGGACAAAAGCAGGUAAAGUCAACUGGCACCGCAGUCAGGGCCAAAACCAUACUAUACUUCAAAAAGGCGGACACGGCCGUGAGAUUAAAGCGGUAGCACGAUGUCCGGCCAGUCUUUACAACACCACCAUCGUUGCCACAGGAGCCGAAGAUACGACCAUCCAACUCUUUGCUGUGGAAGAUUCUAUGAAGAACAAUGACCAAAAGAACUGUUCUUACGGCGCUUUCAACAGAGUUUCUACUCUUCAGGGACACACGACCGGUCUUCAGCACCUCCUUUUCUCCUCCUCGGGGGAUUUCCUCUUCAGCAGCGCUGGAUGCGAGGAAUUCUACGUAUGGCGACUCACUCCCGACAUACCCUGCAUUGGCAUCGGCGUCGUACUGUGGGAUAUCAUGCCUAAAAGGGAUGAAGAUUCAGAUGCUAGAAUCAUGAGCUUUGAUUUGAUCCAGAACUCCUCUACUAUCCCCGAGAAUGGAGCUUCUCAGCCUACUACAGACCCAGCUGGUCUGACUGCUGCCAAAGAACAAUCUUGCGACUCAUACACUCUGGCCUUAGCGUACUCCAACGGCAAAACGAAGAUUGUGCGCUACCAGCCUGCAUCCACGAGGCAGCAGGGAAUUUUCGAGGCGCAGCGCGAGAUAAUAUACGGCUCUUUCUGCGUACUACAAGCGUUUCUUUUGCCCACGGUCCCACUGGUGGAGGAUGGCCCAAGUGCUCAAUGGGAUGUUCUGUCGGCCGGCACGAACGGGUACAUCAACCUCAGCACCGGCACGGUCGGACUCCAGUCGCAUACAUCGGAGAAGAUGAAGGAUGAGACUGCAAUGCAAGUCCAUCGAACGCACCAAAGCAGUGCUCUUGCAAUGGACGUUGUGCAGCUGGGUGAGGCGGUGUUCCUGAUCGCUUCGGCAGGCGAUGAUAACGGACUGGGUGUUACGCUGCUCGACUCGGUUUCGUCCUCGACCGGCACCCCAGUCCCUGCUAGCAGCACGACGGCCUCGCGACCACGCCUUAGGACCAUUUUUGUCCCACGAGCCCAUGCUGCAGCUGUAACGGCCCUAAAAGUAAUGCUAUUACCACGCACAUCAUCAUCAUCAAGGAUAUCUGCAGCCGUCGUUACAGCAGGAAAUGACCAGCGCGUCAAGGUUUGGAUUGUCCAUAUCGACAUUCCCUCCAGUACCAGCAGCAACAACAACGACAUCAUGCCCAACAUCAGGGGCCUAAAACUUGAUGACGACCCAACAUUGAAUUUCAUGCAGCUCCAGCGAGCAGCUAGCGCGUGGACAUCUGUGGCAGACGUGAGUGGAGUCGAAAUCAUCCCCAAGGAAGCCGAUAGGAGCUCUGCUCUAUCGACCAUGUCACACACAGAUGACUCGGGUUCGACGGGCACAGACGGUCGCUGUAUUGUACCAGAAGUGGACGCUUCAGAUACUGACACGGCGAAAGACAGUCCCAGACCAUUAUUCAACUGCAAAGUCCUAGUCGUCGGCGUGGGCAUGGAAUUAUUGAACUUGCAGUGGGAUCAGUGAUACCUACCUGCAGAGGACUGAAAGUCACGAUAGUCAUCGUCAGAGAUAUGGCUUAAGGUCCAUGUAGCUUUAAAGAGUAACAUACAUGACCCGGAAUGGUGUCUCAUGUACAUGACCUUUCUCCCUCUAUCGAUGUGCGCUACCAAAGACUUGCUAUUAGCCGCUUCCUCGUCUGGUUUUCAUAAAAAGAGAGCCAGUAUACCAAAGACAGAGAAGGAGACAUUUUGUCCUGUAAAAGUAUCAUGAUAAUGUUGUGGUAUGCAAAAAGAAAAAAGAAAAUAGUAGUCCCUAUGGGUUUCGAACCCAUGACCUUCUCCGUGUGGAA